CCACCCCUACGCUACACCGGAGAAGCAGCGGCUGUAACUGUGGAGGGUGGAGAUUUUUGUGGUUUAGUCAGAACCUACAUGGUGGAUAUCGAUGAAUAGUUUGUAAAAGAAAGGAUUUGGUGAGCUGUAAGUCGUGAGAAAACUCCCACACAUUUCAUAGACCACCAUUUACUUCAAGGCCUCGUUAUAAAGCAGAAGUGUCCAGUUCCGUGCCAUGUCUUUGGAGAGCACGUCAGACCUGGUUAAUGAGAACACGUGUGUACCCUCUUCAGUGAGCCUUGAUCUACGCUCUCCGCACCGUUCUCUCCUGGACACAGAUCUAGGUCUUAAAGGCAAAACCAAAGGCUCAUCCACAUCAUCUUCCAAGAGCCGCCAUAUCUACGCCAGCACCACCUCGUCACAGCUCCUCACCGGUAACAUGGGUGGCCGGGACGAUGACGUGUCUCACCGCGAGGACGAGCGGGCAAGGAAUCAAGAAAAUGAGCAAGGUCACUCCAUCUCUGGGAGCAACACCAAGUGGAUGAAGGAAGGUCAGAACCAGUUGCGCAAAGUGGCGGAGCAGCAGGACCUGAACAGAAAUCCGGACCAGAACCUUAAUCUGACAGAAAACGAGAAUCCAGAUGCGAACCCAAACCAGAACCAUAUGCUUGACGAGCAAGAUCACGACGUGGAGAACAAUAAGAACCUGAAGGUCCUUUGCUCUGAUGUAGACAUCAGGAACACUGCUAAUGAACCUCUGCUGAUCGAUACGUCUGAGACUCCCAAGAGCAAAGAGCAAGACGAAGAUGAGGACGAGGACGAGGAGGAAGAAAGCCUACCUGCCAGCGGUGGAGAGAAAGACACGGAUUCCUCCGAGGCGCAGAGCACCACUGAGUCUGGGAAAAGCGGUGAAGGUGGGAGCAAGGACAGAUGUUUACUGUUCAGCAAGAAUGGUGCUCCCAGUGAUGAGGACUCCAGCUGUAUGUCUCUGUCUCAGGGGAGCACGGCCACCAGCACUCCAGAUGGAGAUACAGAGUCUUACUGGGAUCGCAGUGCAUUUGAGACAGACACAGACCUGCCAGCCGGGUGGAUGCGGGUGCGGGACACCUCUGGCACCUACUACUGGCACAUUCCAACAGGCACCACGCAGUGGGAGCCACCGUCUCCGAUGGAAGAGGGAGCAGUGCCAGAGAGACCAUCCAGUACCUCCCCUGCAAUUACACCCUCUGAGGAACCACAGGUUACAUGGAACGGUGUCCCUCGUCAAAACAGGUUCAACGAUGACUUGUGGAAGGAGGAAGAUGUAACUUCCGAUCAGAGUCUAAAGGAAUUUGAGGGGGCUACUCUGCGAUAUGCCUCCAUCAACCUUAGUUGUACUAAUUCAGAGGGAGAAGAAAAAACAAGUUCCUACAGCACCGAUGGAGAGGCUAAGUGUUUUGCUGUGCGAUCUCUGGGCUGGGUGGAGAUAUCGGAGGAAGAGAUGGCACCCGGCAAGAGCAGCAUUGCCGUCAAUAACUGCAUCAGGCAGCUCUCCUAUCACAAACACAACCUACACGACACGGCCGGCAUCUGGGGAGAGGGUAAGGACAUGCUCCUGGUGCUGGAGAACGAGAUGCUAAACCUGAUUGAUCCUCUGGGACAGACCCUUCUUCACUCACAGCCUAUAGUCAGCAUCCGUGUGUGGGGUGUUGGCAGGGACAACGGCAGGGAGAGGGACUUUGCCUACGUGGCUCGAGACAAGCUGACCCACGUUUUGAAGUGUCACGUGUUCCGGUGCGACACUCCUGCCAAGAACAUUGCCACCAGCAUGCACGACAUCUGCUCUAAGAUUAUGGCACAGAGGAAGUCCUCAAAAUCAAGUCUAAAUAGACUCAAUAUCGAUCCCUCCAAACUAGUGGACAUUCCGGUUCAGGAAUUCCCAGCACCAAAGAAUGAGUUGGUCCAGCGUUUCCAGGUUCGCUACCUCGGUAAUGUACCUGUGGCCAAACCAGUAGGCAUGGAUACAAUUAAUACUGCCUUGGAGACUGCGCUUUCCUCUAGAGACAUUGCAGAUUGGAGUCCUGUGACCGUGAAUGUGGCCUCUGCCACUCUUACUAUUCUUAUUUCAGAUACUGAGGAGGUUCUAUCGGAGUGUCGUGUUCGCUUCCUGUCAUUCAUGGGUGUGGGGAAAGAUGUACAUACCUUCGCUUUUAUAAUGGCUGAAGGCCCUGGAGAUUUUAUCUGCCACAUGUUUUGGUGCGAACCCAACGCUGCCAGUCUGAGUGAGGCCGUGCAGGCUGCAUGCAUGUUGAGGUAUCAGAAGUGUCUGGAUGCCAGGCCUCCCAGCAGUAUCUCGUGUUUGCCUGGCCCCCCUGCUGACUCGGUUGCUCGCAGGGUGGGCUCCAGUGUCAAGAAGGGAGUGCAAAGCCUGCUGGGAACAUUCAAGAGAUCUGGAGCCCAGACACCGUGAGAAACCGAGUCCUCCUACAGUUGCUCUCAUUUUACACCUCCCUUCCUACCACAGUUAGUUGUAGAUCUCAAUCGAGCGUAAAACACACAUUUAAUUUUUCCUGGCCUCUUCUGAUAUCAGGUUUCCCUCUAUUUCUGUGUUGUGUGUUGUAUGACUUUUGGAACAAGACCUGAUUUAGAAACGAACAAAAUAUCGAACAAAUUCUACACAAUGAUUACUUCAACACUAAUAACAUCACUACUUCACAGUCUGCUCUUGAUAGAUGGUAUUGCAUUUCAUUACCGAUUCUUGAGGGGUUUGAAUUAUACAGUGUCCGUCUCAAAAAAAAAAAAAAAAAAAAAAGGAGGACCAAAAUUUGUUACCGCAAUGGACACAAAGUUGUGUUCACAUCUUACAAAUAACGUGCAACUACACGCGCUUUUAAAAGAAAACACUAAACUGGCACCGGGCAACAUACCUACUAAUGUGCUGUAUGUACUGUAACACUGCAGUUGCCGCAGGUUUUUAAAAUAUAAAAUUAUGUUUAAAUAUUUUACGUUUUCCCGUUAACAAAACACCCUGUGCGUGUGUAGUCGGGAUGCUUUCACACUCGCUCUCUUUCCCAUACACAACCCCAUACACGUUCUGCACAUAAUCUUAUGGGAAGCGUCCGCAAUCUGCACUGCCUUUAAAAAGUGUUGCAGCCAGCAUUUAUUUUUAAUGCAACCUCUCACCUGCGAGGGAAAAAAAAACACGAAAAAAGAUGCCGGUGAAGUUGGUUAGUGAAGCAAUAUAUGGAGAUUUCCAACAUAGAUUACUCACUGUUUUUGGGAUGUGAUCCCACUUUUACUGUGGCUGCAUGCAGCGAAGUCACACAAGUAGCAUGUUCUUGUGAUUCAAAAAUCUUAUAUUUGAAAUAACAGUAGAUAUUUUUUAAAUGUUAAAAAAAUAAUCAAUUAAAUCAAGCUGGCAAGCUAGUUCCUUACCUGUAUGAGUUAUAGACUUUGUGGUUAUAGUGUACCUGUCAUGUGUUUCCAUAUCAACACACAAAGUGCACAUCUAGUGGUUAGUUUUUUUUUUAUUGUUUAGAUUAAAAGACAGCAAGUGUGAAAGCACCCCAAAUGUGUGAAUCUUCACACAAGAGUUAGACUUUAAAUCUACACAAGACUCUAUUCUAUAAAUCUACACUGUACAUGACGCAGCUGACUACAUGCUGAUGUGAUCUUAUCAGUGCAUCAUAAGUUUUAGCUUUUAAUGGUUUGUUUGACUGGAAUUAUUUAAACAGAUUAUUUAUAUACUCUACAAUAGCAUUACUGUAUCAUAGUCUUCCAGAAGAAACCGGCUCAACGAAGAGCCCCUGGAUAUUUCAACUAGCUUAAACGGGCAUUAGUGACCGGAUCUUUUUGUAGAUCUUUUAUUUUUAUUUAGUUGUAUUAUGUUUUAUUUCCCUCCUGGGUGGGAAUUCUGAUUUUUAGACGUGAGGUCUCACCACUAUGUGGUAUCUUUUUUUUUUUUUUUUUUGAAAAAUUUGUGACUCAUGUUUCUGAAUGUGUACAAUUCUGCCUUCAUCAAGUUAGUGAGGUCUGAUCUGGAGACGAAAUGAUCUAUAAGGAUGCUUUAAGCAUGGUGUGUGUGUGUGUGUGUGUGUGUGUGUGUGUGUGUGUGUGUGUGUGUGUGUGUGUGUGUGUGUGUGUGUGUGUGUGUGUGUAGUUGCAGGACUAAUAAUGUACAGGUAGAGGGAGCUCUUUGCUUUCCAUUGGUCUUGUACAAUAAUGGCAGGUUCUGUUCUCGAAUGGUUUAUUUGUGACUCGUGUGAAUUUUAGAACAAAAAUCUCUCGUACACACUUGAAAGGACAGUGCGUCACCGUUCCGUCAUGUGUAUAUACAGGAUAAACACUGACACCCUCUCCCCCCCCAUCUCAUGCACCUUGUAAUAUAAAAUUCACCAUGACUCGCCUCGCUGUUUGGGUCGGCCGUGCACAUACAUCACAUUCGGUGAGUAAUCAGAGAAUGUUAUUGUGUAUAUAAACUAAUAUAGUGAUAGUAGCAGAUUGCACCCAUAUCCAGUAGCACAUUUCUCUUGAAUGCGAACAGGCUGUGCAGACUGCACUUCAUCCACAGAUUUUUUUUUUGUUUUUUUUUAGAUUUUCUGUUUGGUCUGCUUGUCAGUAAACCUUAGCUUUUAGCUCAGCUGCUAAAGAAUGAAUGAAUGAAAAUAGAAUUUUUUAUUUUUUUAUUUUUUCCCCCCCAGCCGUGCCACAUUUCGCUUGCAGUGCAGUCGCUCCACUAAACAAACGUGUAUGUGGUCAUGUCUCGACAUUUCCUGUAUAAAAUGUAAGGGACUGUAGAUCUAGAUAACCUUAUGUCAUGGAGAUUGGUAACAACAUGGAAUAAAACCUAUGUAUUGUACCUUAUUCAAGGAAUGUAAAUGUUAGUUAACUAAUAAGUUUUAUGAAAUUCUGCCUUUUUUUUUUUUUUUUUUUUUAAAACUGACGAAUGAAUGAAAGCCAUCCUAACCAGCCAGCCAACACUAUAUUUCUUUAUGCAUAAUAAAGCCAUCCGUGCGCAAGUUAUCUGGAUAGGUUUGUGCUCUCGUAGUGCAUUUUCUUGUGUCAUAUGCAAAUAUUAUUCAAGUGUUUAGUAUUUGUAGGAUGCACAAGUUCGGUGCCAAGGAGAGCGUUUCUCAUUUUGUUAUCGCUUGUUUUGGAAUUGCUUUUCUUAUCAUGUAAAUUAGGUGUCAUGUUCUGUAUAUACAUAUAUAUUAAUAUGAUGUGUCACUUGAAAAAUAAAAGUUACUGUCUGUCUC